AUGGAUGAAAAGCUCUUUGGAUAUGCCGGGGAAGCUGGGUCGUCAGCCCCGCCCUUGCCCGAGAGUUCUCUCAUGGAUGAUCGCAUGAGACAACUCAUCGAACAAGACCUUAAGAGAACAGAUGACAUCCGGACCUACCUUCGAAAAUGGAUAGAGAAACGACCCAAACCUAUGGACCCUAUUAUGGAAUUUAAUGGAACUACAAUUACCCCGUCUACACAGAAAACUGGUGGCAUGUUUCUGGAUAACUCCGUAUUUGAAGACAAACUCCCGGAAUUAUUGGGAUCUACGGACCUAGAGACCGACCCCUCACCCUUUUUACACCCAGGUGAUUUGGUUCAACUACGUCAUCAAAGUGGAACCUCUUCUGGUCAGCUAGCAGUUUAUCUACGUACCAUGAAUGAACAACAGCAAUUUUACACCUCCAGGGGGAAAUGGCGAAUUGCUCGGCCUUCGGAAGUGAACUACAUCACAAAGCAUCGCUUUCCACCGGAAUUGCUCGAACCAAUAUUUCCAUAUCUACCAACUUCCGUAGUAGCAAAGGGCACCAUGCCACAGCUAGCCAUGGAAGGCGGAGUUCCACGCCAUAUCGGGGCCGCUUUGCUCAGCUUGAUCCUUGAGUUCGAGACAGCUGCUUCAACGGUGUUUGCAGAAAAUUCUAAUACUCUGAAUUCUAUACAUGAACGCCUUGCAACGGAUACAGAGCCCGUUUUGUUAACUCUUGAGCAAAUUGCUACUCAGCUCCUAGGACGAGAUUCAGAUACCCUCUCCAAAGCUGAACGAUACGCAAUCCAUCUAGCAAUUGACCAGAACCCAGUUUCCAUUAUUGCAAACCAAAGUCUGUCCGUGGUUGAAUCAUACACUCUUCGCCCAAAGGCGCAGACGGAUCUCAUCAAUCGUGUAAUAGGAUGGAUGCGAGAAUAUCAAUCAUUAAGGAGUACUGAUACAGGCAAGAAAGAACAGAAAACUUCUAGCCGUAAUCCUAUUGGGUCCUUUGUCAAAACUGCUCGGCAGUGGAUAUCUCGAAGUCGUGCUUCCCGAUCUCCCACACCAUCGUUUAGUUUAAGCCCAAGAUUUGACUCCGCUGGCAAGUCAGAGCAGGAGGUGGAUCCUCCAAAAGAGAACUCGAAGCCAUCCACGGCGUCAUUUUCCAAAACAGACAGAGAUAUAAUUGAGUUCUUGAGGCUUUGGGUCCUUCCACCGCUGUUUGUGCGUGACUCUUCUCUUCGGAGUACCGGAUCCUUUAUCCUCUUCCAUAUCGGAAUGUAUGAAAACUUCAACCUCAAUGAAGCCACCGGAUAUUUAGCCUUGCAGGAGCUUGGCAUUUUAACUCCUUGGGAAAAUAUCCAUGUGCUCAACGAGCAGGUCGCCUUACCAGGACAUGGUUUGUCCCCAAUAUCUGAUGCCAUAGUCGAGGAAUGCAAUAGAUUUUGCGAGUCGCCCAACUGCACAGAUACCCUGGUUGAUUCUAUGAAGGAUUUCCGCAAGGACUGGGGUGAUAUGCCGGUAUUUUGUGUUGACAGCGCAUCUGCGGCGGAAAUCGACGAUGGUUUCUCACUUGAACCAAUCCCAGGCUCGUCGGACACCUUUUGGGUUCAUAUUCAUGUCGCCAAUCCGUCAGCAUUUAUCCCUCAUGACCAUGUUCUUGCCAAAGGGGCAGCUCAUUUUAAACGCUCCUUUUACACGCCUGAGCGGGUGUAUCCGAUGUUCCCACCAAGCCUUACUCAUGACAAAUUCAGCCUUGGGCCAAAUAAACCCACCAUAACAUUUAGCGCUGUUGUUAAUAUGGAAGGCGAAAUGCUUGAAACUAAAAUAAGCCAUGGCUAUAUUAACAAUGUGGUGUAUAUUACACCCGAUAGACUACGCAAGCUCUUUGGUAUUGAUGUCAGCAAUAAUCCUUCAUUAUCCCUGGAAGUUGGUGGUACGCCAAAACGACCAGAGCGCCCUGAGCUCCAAGAUCAUGUUUCGGAAGAACACCAGGUUCUUUUAGAGACUAUGGAGAGAUUGCUUGCCGGUCGCCGAGGCAAGCGCAUGAGGAAAGGCGCUAUAGAAUUCUUCUCAAACUACCCGUCUUCACCACUUGUUUCUGGAGGGGAAGAAGGUGUACGCUCAUACACUGGAGAUAUCUCGGGGCGCUACAACUACAAUGAUGAUCCCUGCAUUGGAGUUAGUGGACAGCUUACGCCGUCAGAUGGGUCCUUGGAAGCGACUAAAACCGAUUUUGUUGCGCAUGCUAUGCUUCUAGGCGGAGAAAUUGCUGCUCAAUGGUGUAAAGAGCGUGACAUUCCCGUGAUAUUUUCUGCUGCUGCCUACAACCUGGACAAGGUCACCACUGAUGACCAAGGGGAGUUUAUGCCUGGUUUAUCACCAUACAGCCAACUCCCUAGGGCGUUCUCCACUUCAAAGCCAACUCCUCAUAUCACCCUGGGUAUGGACCAAUACAGCAAAUGCACUUCACCUCUACGACGUUAUUCUGACUUAAUUGCCCACUGGCAAAUUGAGGCAGCUUUGCGCCAUGAGGCAAAACAGAAUGGGACAGCUCGAAGCAACCAAUCCCCUUUGAAGAUAGACGAAAAUGCCCUUCCAUUCUCGCGAGAGGACGUUAAAGCAAUUAUUGUCCGCUCAAACUGGCAGAACAAGGCCGCAGACCGGGCUCAAAUUCUCUCCCGAGAGUUCUGGGUUCUCCAAGCCUUAUUCCGUGCCCAUUAUUUCGGCGAGGCCAAUCUUCCAGGGGCCUUCCAAUGUGUCAUUGUCAGCCAACUCGCAAAUUCUAAAUCUACCUCUGAGCCAGACGAGACACAAUACACAGCCAAUCUACUACCUUUCCGGGUUCGAUGCGUUGUGACCGCAGAUAAAACCUGCACGGAGUUCAAACCUGGAGACUUGGUGGAAGCAACCAUUUCCAAAAUCAAUCUUUACGCAGUACUUCUUGGUCUCAGAGCUGUGCGCCUUAUUAAUCGCCCUGAAAAAGCACGAGCAACCGUGCCUCUUGGAUUUCUCCACUGA